AUGAAUAUUAUCUUGGAACAUACUGAAGAUGGAGUUACUAUUCCUCACAGAACCUAUCUGAAAACACCUACUGAGUUCUCGGAUGAGGAUAAUGAGCUGAUAAAUCUAGAUGUAACUCUACAGCUCAUUCUGAUCGAAUCAUUGGAUCCAGUAAUGUACAAUAAUAUUGUCAAUUGUACAAGUGCUAAGCAGAUAUGGGACACUCUGCAAAUUAUCAAUGAAGGAUCUGAGGAAGUACGGGAAAACAAGAAGGAAAUUCUUGUGGCUCAAUACGAGCAAUUUGUUUCUAAUCCCGAAGAAGGGAUUUCUGAGGUAUUCAUCAGAUUCAACAAUUUGAUAAAUAAUCUGAAUCUGAACGGGAAAUACUAUAACAACAAAGAGGUGAACCUGAAGUUUUUGCUGACGCUCCCUGAGCAUCUGGAGCAUAGGAUAACCGCCAUCAGAGAAAGCAGAGAUUUGACAGAGAUCUCACUAGAACAGCUGUAUGGGGUUCUGAAAACCUAUGAAUUGGAACAGGCUCAAACUAAACAGAGAUACGAAUGGGGAAAGACACUCAACCCGUCUACGUCUGUUAUCAAUUCUACUGCCCUCAUAAUACAAUCACUUCUUGUGAAAGAAAAGAAGGUUGUUGUACCUUCAAGAAGCUCCCAGGAGUAUGUUGUGGCGGAAAUGGGACAUACUUCAGUAAGUACGGGAGAUGAUGAAUUUUACUCGAUGGAAGAGUUAGAUCAGCUGGAGGACGAAUCUCUUGCUAUGUUUGCCAGGAAGUUUGGUAACAUGAGAUUUAGGAAGAAUCCCUCCUACAAGUUUAAAUCUUCUGGUAGUAAAUUUCAGAAAGGGGGAUCUUCGUCCACAACAUCAAAAGGGGCUUAUAAGACUGGGAUGGUUGAUCGAAGCAAGUUUAAAUGUUUCAACUGUGAUGAGCCUGAUAGUGAAGAGGAGGAAGAGCGGGGGAAUGUUGCUCUAAUGGCUUUCAUGGAACCUUCUAAACCUCCACAUCGCACUGGCGGAUUUCCGGUAGAUCCUACUUGCCCUAAACUAUUUAUGCAAUUAGGACUUGAACGUGAUGAUGCUCGUAAUAAGCUCAAAGCUCUGACUCGUGAACACAAAGCUUUAAAGCAAGAAGUUCAUGAGUUAAAGUUAAAAGAAAAACUUGUUCUCACCCCUAAAAUUGAACAAUUAACUAGUGACUUGUUGACUCAGUCUAACAAAUUCAAAGUGUUAGAGUAUAGGGAGAACAAACUGAAUGAGCAACUAGCUGAAGAGAAGGUUAGGUGCCUUGCUUAUAAGGAGUCGACUAAUAUUGUUAAGAACCUAGUUGACCAACAAGUGAUUAAAAGGAAAGUUGAACCAUUACUUGAUAUGCCCGUGAUUAUUCAAUAUGAAAUGAAUUUAGAGGAUAUUGAGAAUGAGAGGGAGAUUUUGGCAUCUGUAGAGCCAAUGCAAGUUGAGGGCACAUUCAGUUCGCCCAAAGCUUGCAUAGGUGCCAAUGGCUUAAAGAAUAAUUUUAACAAGCCUAAUAAUAUGCAUGCUAACAAAGAAAACACAACACCUAGAAAGCACAUGAAUAGUAAGUUUGCAAAAACCAAGACUGCCGGUCCUUCUCCUAUCAAGAAGGAUACUUAUGUUCCCAAGCCUAAACCUAAAGUGUUCAAGGCUGUUUGUAGGAAAGUAAGUACAGUCAAGGUGGAUGCUGAUGUUAUUCGAACAGGAUCAAUUGUCAAAGUUGAUAAAGGUCAAUUCUUUAAGGAGCCAAACAAGGUUGAAAAGGUUGUAUGGAUCCUCGAUAGUGGAUCUUCUAGAUAUAUGACCGGUGAUAGAGCCCUGCUAUCAAAUGUGAUUGAGAGAGCUGGCCCAAUUGUCACCUUUGGAGAUAACAGCAAAGGUCGUACUACGGGAUAUGGCAAUUUACAUGCUGGAAAUGUUAUCAUUGAAAGUGUUUCUUUGGUUGAAGGACUCAAGCACAAUCUUCUGUGA